CGCGGUCGCGGGACCUGCGGCCGGGGGAGGGCCCCCCGCUGGGGUUUGCCCGACGCAUAAGAGGCCGGUGGUGGCCGCGGCGACCGAAAGUCCAGGAGCCCCGCGGCCCGGGGAGAGCGCACCUGCCGCCCCCGCCCCCGCCCCCGCCCCCGCCUCCCCGCCGCGGCGCUCCGGAUGGCGCUGCUCCGCGCGCUCGUCUGCUGCCUGGUGGCCGCCGGGCUAGGCCGGCCCGGGCUCGGGAUGCCGCUGGCGCCCGCCGGAGGCCCGAGCCCCGCCCCGACGGCCGGACAGUUUUGGCAUGUGACUGACCUGCACUUAGACCCUACUUACCACAUCACAGAUGACCACACAAAAGUGUGCGCGUCAUCUAAAGGCGCAAAUGCCUCCAAUCCCGGCCCUUUUGGAGAUGUUCUGUGUGAUUCUCCAUAUGACCUUAUUUUGUCAGCAUUUGAUUUUAUUAAAAAUUCGGGACAAGAAGCAUCUUUCAUGAUAUGGACAGGGGAUAGCCCACCUCAUGUUCCAGUGCAUGAACUCUCAACAGAGAAAGUCAUAAAUGUGAUUGCUAACAUGACAGCCACCAUCCAGAAUCUCUUUCCGAAUCGCCAGGUUUUCCCUGCGCUGGGUAAUCAUGACUAUUGGCCACAGGAUCAGCUGCCUGUAGUCACCAGCAGGGUGUACAAUGCAGUAGCAGAUCUCUGGGAACCCUGGCUAGAUGAAGAAGCUCUCCAUACCCUAAGGAAAGGUGGCUUUUAUUCACAGAAAGUUUCACCUAAUCUGAAACUUAGGAUCAUCAGUCUAAACACAAACUUGUACUAUGGCCCAAAUAUCAUGACGCUGAAUAAGACCGACCCAGCAGAUCAGUUUGAAUGGCUAGAAAAUACACUGAACAUCUCUCAGCAAAAUAAUGAGAAGGUGUACAUCAUAGCACAUAUCCCAGUGGGGUAUCUGCCCUAUUCAGGCGGCACCAUGGCAAUGAGAGAAUUCUAUAAUGAGAAAUUGAUAGAGAUUUUUAGAAAAUACGGCGAUAUCAUUGCAGGACAAUUUUAUGGACACACUCACAGAGAUAGCAUUAUGGUUCUUUCUGAUACAAAAGGAAGUCCAAUAAAUUCUUUGUUUGUGGCUCCUGCUGUUACCCCAGUGAAGAGUGUUUUACAAAAACAGACCAACAAUCCUGGCAUCAGGCUGUUCCAGUAUGAUCCUCAUGACUAUAAAUUACUGGAUAUGUUGCAGUAUUAUUUGAACCUGACAGAUGCAAAUCUAAAGGGAGAAUCUAAUUGGGAGCUGGAAUAUGUGCUGACACAGACCUACAACAUUGAAGAUUUACAGCCAAAAAGUUUGUAUGGACUAGCAAAACAAUUUGCAACCCCGGGCAAUGAGCAGUUUAUGAAAUACUACAAAUACUUCUUUGUGAGUUACGACAGCAGUGUAAUUUGCGAUGGGAAAUGUAAGGCCUAUCAAAUUUGUGCAAUUUUGAGUCUUGAUCAUAUUUCCUACAAAGAUUGCCUCAGACAACAUUAUAUAAAGCACCAUCCUUAAAGUAUUUCACAGUUUGUAGAAAAUGCAGCAUUGUUCUGUUUCUGAGAUCAGUUUGUGUGAAUUGUUACAUAAAUCUUUGUGAGUUAGAGCGGGCAAGCAAAAUUCCUAGCUUGGCUUUCUUUUUUAUAAUCCUCAAAUGUAGAUAUUUGUAACACUUUAAAUCUUUACUACAUCGAAUAUAUUCAAACUGUGCCUUACUAGAAUGAUGUCUGGAUGUGAAUAUCUGAUCUUCCAGUUUAUAUGCCUAAUUUAUACUCUUGUACACUCUUGAAAUUACCAUUUAUACAAUAAAGCAAAUGAUUUCUCCUCA